UCGCGUGCGAUUUCCAGUUCAAACGCGACCAGCUCAAGCUGCAGAUAUCGUAAAAUAAUUAAAUAUCCUCUAAUAAUAAUAAAUAUAAAUUGUAAUAGUGCGUAGUUUGUUUAAAUUAUACUAUUGAAGUGUAUCACUUUUAACAUGAAAUUAAGAUGAAGCACGCGAGUUCGAUUUAAAUCUUAGGAUAAUUUAAAUUUAGUGGUCGUAGAAAAUGCAGAAAAUUUAAAAUAGAAAUACAUGAAAUUGUCACAGAGUGCAUACCUAUAACCGUACAUAAAAAUAACUGUGGUACCUGAUUGAAAAAAAAAUAGCAAAAAUGUUAAAGGGUGCAUCAGUAUUAUACACCUUACUACUUAUAACAAUUAUUUUUGGCCAAAAAGUUAAUAAAAAUGGAAAAAUCAAACGACCCAACCAAUCAUUUCCUCAGACACCAUUGAUGACUAUGUUAGCUCAAACAAUAGCACCUAAUUUUGUUCAACAAGAUCCAACAGACCUUUUCGAUAUUUUAAGGGACAAAUAUCCACUGCCUAAUGGUCUUCAGUCACCAUUCUCCGAGUACGACUAUGUAAUUGUUGGAGCCGGUUCAGCAGGCUCAGUGCUUGCCGCUCGCCUUACAGAAGAUCCCAAUGUGACUGUACUAUUAUUAGAAGCUGGCAGACCGGAGUCCUUAAUCACUGAUGUGCCGAGCAUAGCGCCAUACUUCCAAAGGACAGAAUACACUUGGCCGUAUUAUAUGGAAAAACAACCUGAUGUUUGUUUAGGUAUGAUUAACAACAGAUGUUACUGGCCACGCGGAAGAGCCGUUGGCGGAACUAGUGUUAUCAAUUAUAUGAUUUAUACUAGAGGACGACCGGAGGAAUGGGACCGCAUUGCAGCCGAUGGCAACUAUGGAUGGUCAUAUGCAGAUGUACUUAACUACUACAUGAAGAGUGAAAAAAACAACAUGCGAGGCUACGAAAAUUCUCCAUAUAGAGGCAAAUCAGGAGAAUUAAAUGUGGAAUUCGUAUCGUUCAGGACGCCGCUUAUUGAUGCCUUUUUGGAAGCUGGAAGGAUUUUGGGUCAUCCAACCAUAGACUACAAUAGUCCAGAGCAGCUCGGAUUUGGUUAUUUACAAGCAACGGUUACAGCAGGCAAACGCAUGAGUGCGGCCAAAGCCUUCCUACACCCGAACAAAAGACGAUUAAACCUACAUAUACUACCUAUGAGCACAGCAACUAAAGUACUUAUCGAUCCUCAAACUAAAAUUGCUAACGGGGUGGAAUAUGUUAGAAACAGAUUAAGGUUCGAGGUGAAAGCAAGAAGAGAAGUGAUAUUGUCAGCGGGGCCAAUAGCUUCUCCUCAAUUACUCAUGUUAUCAGGUGUUGGUCCGAAGAAGCAUCUACAGCGUCAUGGAAUCCCAGUUAUAGAAAAUUUGCCUGUUGGUUUUACAUUGUAUGAUCAUAUAACUUUCCCCGGUUUAGUAUUUACGCUUAAUGAAACAAAUUUAAGCAUAAUCGAAAGUAAAGAAGCAACUUUGGAUAAUAUUAUCCAAUGGCUUCAGUUUGGGGAUGGUCCUGUGGCAACUACCGGGGCAGCAGAAGGCAUUGGAUAUAUCAAAACUCCUGUUUCCAAUGAUCCAGAUAACGUUCCAGAUAUGGAGCUGAUAAGUAUAGGCGGUUCACUAGUAUCUGACGGGGGACCACUAGGUAGUAAAGCAACAAGACGGGGUAUGAUGAUUAACGAACAAGUCUUCGAUGGGGCGUAUGGAUCAGUAGAUAAUACAAACACUUGGACCGCAUUUCCGAUGUUACUGCAUCCAAAAUCUGUGGGACGUUUGGAGUUGAAGAACAAUAAUCCGUUUAGUCAUCCGCGAAUGUAUGGUAAUUAUUUAUCGGAAUCAAGUGACGUAGCAACAUUUAUAGCAGCGAUACGUCACAUUCAGGCUUUGGCGGCGACGGAACCGUUUCAAAAAUAUGGGGCCCGUAUACAUAGAGCACAAUAUCCAGCAUGCCGUAAUACCACGUUUGAUUCUGACGAGUAUUGGGAAUGCGCAGUACGCACGUUUACUGCUACAUUGCACCAUCAAAUCGCGACGUGUCGGAUGGGUCCCGAUAAUGACCCAUUGGCAGUAGUUGAUCCAGAAUUGCGCGUCUACGGUAUUGGCCGAUUACGAGUGGUCGACUCGAGCAUAAUACCCCGUACGGUCUCGGCACAUACGAAUGCUCCAGCAAUUAUGAUUGGGGAAAAAGCAGCUGACAUGAUAAAACGGACUUGGAGUUAGAACAGACUUAUAUAUUUUAAUUGUAAUUAGUUAAUACCAAUAAAUUAUAAAAGUACUAGUAAUAUACAUACAAAAGUAAAUAUGAAAAAUAAAACUUUUAUAUCAAUGAAAUACCAAAACGCCUUUACAUUAUAUGACGUUUUAACGACGACCUAUUUGCGGUGAGGUAACUUUUAAAAAAAGCUGGCAUUCUAAAAUCUAAGCUCCAAGAUUACACUAGGAUGUGAAAACAUUGAUUAACGUAAUUCAAUCAAGUUGGGAUUUUGAAGAAUGCCACAAGUCGGAUGAGGAAAAAUAACAUCAGCUCGAAGCUAUGGAAAUAAAAAAUUAAAAAUCAUUUUGAUUACUAUUACAUAUAACGCAACUUUACGAUCAAUCUUUAACUGUUUUUCUAACAAUUAUUAUCGAUUCAAAGAUGAGUUUCGGCCCCAGUUAUACUAACAACCUAUUUCCUUCUCAGCGCCAAGUUAGAAGCAUGCAACAUCAAUAAUAUAAAGUAGACGUGGCUAGUAUUUAUAAUUUGGUUUGUCGGAAAAAUUCAAUAGCACAACACCAUACAAGUAUUGUUAUGAAGGAUUUGAAAUUACGUGCUAACGCAACACUACUAUUCCGCUUUGAGCCUAGGGUACAAAUUGGUUUGAACUGUAUGAAUUUUAGUUAUAUAGGUAUCUAUACAUAGCAAUGCAUACAUUGUUGUCUUUUAAAUUAAAAUUUAAAGAUAGAUUAAACCUGAAAAUAUAAACCUGUUGUGGAUAAAAUGUUACCGUUAUAGUAGUAACAAGCAUAGUAAAUAGCAAGUAAUAGCAGCUUACUACAAGCUUGCAUUUUGUUAUGCAAAGUUGUAUAAAAAAUAUUUGACCACAAGGAAACGGUGUAUCUCACAGGAAGUGGUAGCCAUUGCUUCCAGGCAAAUAUCAUGGAAACCAGUAGUUAUUUCAAUAAAAUAUAAUGUGUACUUAUGUAACUUUUAACAAUAAAAAUUCCAUGGACUUUACGGAAUAUCUAUUAAGUGGAUAUGCCACCUUAUUUUGUACAAUUUCAGGGGCAUUGGUGAAUUGAAAUCCAGUGACAUAAUUAACAUACAGUAUAUUCUGUUAUGUUCAACAAGGAGUUAUUCAUCUUUAUUAGCUUAAUUAUAUUAUAAAUUAUUAAGCAUCAUAGAGAAAUUGUCACUUUAUUAAUCUCUUCAAAAGAUUACAAUCAAAAAUAAAAUAAAUUAACAAGAUAAGGUCACAUCAGAAUAAAAAAAACUAUUGGGGGGCAACAAACUUGUCUUCAUAUCAAUCUUAAUCUUAUUAUUCAUUUUGUAUACAACUGCAAGCAAUUUAAAUUUUAUCAAGGAUCAAAGACAUGCAUUUUAUGAAACCAGAAAGGUUAACAACCGCAUAUAUUUUAAGAUGAGAAUAUAUAGUCGAGAAUAAAAAAGUGAUUUAGAGAUUCCAUAAUUAAAAAUAUGUAUUAUAUAUAUGUAUAUGUUUCAGACAGAAACAACAUAUAGUAAACAGAAAUGUGACAUUUCAUUUUCUUUCUUUCUUUUUUUUUUUGUUAUAUAUUUAAAUGACGCGUCACUGUUUAACUCCUUAAUAUAAAAAUAUUUCAAAAUAUACAAGAUGAAAUCGAAAUAAUAACUAACAUUAAGAGAGUGUUGACCAUUUCAACAUUUUUACAAAAAAAGAAAUCAGUCAUUAAAUAGAUGAAAAAAUAUAAUCCUCAGGAACAAACUUGACACAUGUUACAUAGCACCUAUUUCAAAUACAUUAUAAUGUUUCUUGUUGCUUCAGGCUUUAGAAAUAAUUAAUUACUCCGGACGAGUGCACCGCCACUGCAUCGCCGCCCUAUAGUGAAUACAAUA